AUGGCGGCUAAGCUCCGAUUUAAUUGCACAAACAACAUGGCUGAAUGCGAAGCUUGUAUUGUUGGCUUGAAAAUAGCCAUCGGCAUAAAUGUCUACGAGUUGUUAGUUAUUGGAGAUUCAGACCUUUUGAUUCAUCAAGUUUAUAGAGAAUGGGCUGUGAAGAACCCGAAGAUUGUACAUUACGUACAAUAUGUACAAAAGUUGUGCAAAAGGUUUCACAAGAUCGAGUUCAGACAUACUCCCAGAAUACAGAAUGAAUUGGCUGAUACUCUUGCCACCAUCACAUCAAUGAUUAAACAUCCAAAUACAGAUUAUACUGAUCCUGUGGAUAGAGAGUUGAAAGGACAUCUAGUCCAUUGUUCCCAUGUUGAAGCAGAACCAAAGGGUUUGCCUUCGUAUUUUGAUAUAAAGAAGUAUUUGGAGUUUGGAACUUAUCCCGAAGAUGCUACGUCCAAUCAGAAGAAGUAG